CUUCCCGGUCUUGAAGCACCUCCUCCGGCCACUUGCAACACCGGAAAUCCGCCCAACGUUGCUCGAAGGUGGGUCGGCCUUCGUACAAAUCGGCAACGACCUCGGCGGGGAGGUCGGGUUCAGUGUCCCAAGACGCGUGGUACCAUGAGAGGAGGGGGAGGAUCAGGAGGCGUUC